AUGAAAUCCACACUUCCCCGCGAGGCCGCGGGCUGCCAGACAAACAAGUGGUUCCCGCGGGAGGAUGUCAGCCUUUGUUCGUGUGAAAAACCUGCCCUCCUGACCCCCCAGGUGGGCUGGUGUGGGGGGAGGCAAGGUGUACACCGGACCAGCCGCAACGCGGGGACAAGACGGCGUCUCCGGGCCCGGGCCGGAGAUACCCCCGCCCCAUCCCCCCUCCCCCGACCCCCGCGACCUCGUGCCCAGGCCCAUGUCCCAGCAGGUGUCGGGCGAUCGCAGUGUCGCAAAAAUCGCCUCCUCACAGAUGUCGACGGGCGGGCAAGGCCCAAGGCGGAGCCGGGCAUCUGGGACCCCAAUCUCCUGUGUUUUCCCCCCGCGCCCUCGUCCCCCACCCCGCCAUCAGGGGGGACUCCCCCGCAGAUCUCCGGGAGGGGGGACUCGGGGCCCCAGGUGCCGGAGCGAGCGGGGGAGGGGAGCGCGAGCCGUCGCCGAAUUCCCGGGGCCUCAGACGGCACCCACCCCAUCGAGGAGGGCUUGCCCCCCCCCGGGGCUCCCGUCGGGGCUGCGCCCUUCCUCUCCCCCGAGGGCCCGGAAACCGACGGCUGUCCAGGAAGUGUCCCCGGGACUCGCUUUCGCCGGACCCCGCCGCGGGGAGGACUGCCCGGGGCAGGAAGGGCCGGCGCGACUCGCGGCCACACCUUCCCCGGGGCCCAGCGACUCGAACUCCCGCGAGAUUUUGCCAAGGAGAGGGAGGCGGCGUCGACGAGGGGGCGGAUAUGCGGCAGCCGGCGGCCCUCGCGUCGCCGCGCUCGCCCGACUCCUCCUCGAGUGCUCCCCCAGGGACACUCCCCAAAGGAGAUCGGGUUGCGGCGUCAGUCCACCACGGGGGAGAUCCUGUCCGCGGGGUUUCCGGCGCCAGUCGACCACCGAGGACAUCAUCGGGCCGGGAAACUUUUCCGCCCCAAAAGACGCAGAGCGAGAGUUUCCCAAAAGUCGCGGGGGCGGGGGGGACUCAUGCGCAGAUCAGGACGGACGCUGGCCACCAUGACCGUGGAGACCUCGGCGCCUUCUUUGACACGUCCACGCAGACAGGGAAGACCCCCGCGCUUUUCCUUUUGGGCUUUGGGGAAUCCCCCGCGUCGCUUAAUAUUUCUCUAA